AUGGCUUCUCGGCUUCCGUCGCUCCCGCCUGGGUUCGCGCAGGGCCUGGUCCUCAUCGACGAGGCGCACAGCCAAGACCCCAACAAGAUUGACGGACCCCAGGGACCCAAGACGCUUCCCUACGAGCUGCACUAUGCGCGCAAGAUGACGAGGUGGCUCGAGGCGCGUUGCCCUGCGGCCUCGCCCGAGCUGCAGCUCGCCUGCCGCGCGCAGCACUUUAAGAGAUGGGAGCUCCCCCGAUCCGCCUUCCCCAUGACGCGCCCCGGAUACCUCACCUGGCGGGCCAAGCAGAAGACGCAGGCCGCCUCGCAGGUGGCCUCGCUGCUGGCGUCGGCGUCCAUCUCGCCGCCGCUGCCCGAGGAGGCCCGCGCGCGCGUCGCGGCGCUGGUGCGCAAGGAGUCGCUGGCGACGGACCCGGAGACGCAGGCGCUCGAGGACGUGGCGUGCCUCGUCUUCCUCGACGACCAGUUUGACGACUUCGAGGCCAAGGCGGACAUGGACGAGGACAAGAUGGUGGGAAUCCUGCGCAAGACGUGGGCCAAGAUGAGCGAGCCCGGCAGGGCGCUGGCGCUGGGCAUGGAGUUGAGCGAGAGGGCCAAGCUGCUCAUCGGACGCGCGCUGCAGCCGCAGGACGCUGCGUAG